AUGAGCGGCGCCUGGGUGCUCCUGCUGAGCCAUCAGGCGUGGUGCCCGCCCCUUCGUCCCCAGACGCCCGCCUCUCGCGCCGAGGCGCAGCCGCGAGCGAUGGAGCUCGACGUCGCGGCGGGAGAGCGAGGCCCAAGCCGGAUCCUGCCCAUCGUCGAGACGCUGCUGCGGGCAAAGCCGUUCCCCGCCACGUGUCCGUACGACGAGGCCACCGACGCCGCCUUUGCCCAGCGGCAGACGCCGUGGGUGCUCGCGCCGCCGCCGGCUGCCGAGGUGAGCGUCCUCAGCCGUUGCUACGCCGCUCGGCUCGCCGAGGCGGGGGCGAGCGCUGUGCUGGAGGUGACGGGCGACGGCGAGGGGACGCGGCUGCCCGCGCCGCCGAUCGGCCGCCCCCGCCUGAAGCGCUCGUGGCUCCACGCCUUUGCCGGCUCGUAUGAGGCCGGCCGGGGCGGCCGAGGCGGCGGUGGCCGUGGUGGCGACGCGCCGCAGCACGCGCUCUUUUCCGGGGCGGAUCCGCUGCCGUACGCGGACGCCUCCUUCGACGCCGUCCUCUGCCACGGCUGCCUCCCCUACGUCUCCCACCCAGUCGCCCUCCUCGCGGAGCUGUUUCGAGUGCUCAAGCCGUCGGGCGUGGCGCUGCUCUCCUUUGCCGGAGACCCGCCCGUCGACCGAGCCAGCGACUUUGACCGAAGACACGCGACGCAGGCGUGGCUGCAGCUGCCGGACGCCGCCGAGGCGCUCUACAUGUCUGGCUCCUUCUUCCACUACUCAGCCGGGUGGGGCUCGCUCCGGCUCGAGGAGCUGCAUGCCCGCUCCCUCUUCCUCCUCACCGCCUUCAAGCCCAAGGGCAGCGAGCUGCUGCGCAAGCGCGCCCUACAGGCAGUGGAGCGGGAGGACAUCAAGGCGGAGUAUGUCAAAGACAACGCAGCGCCGCCCGGCCCGCCGAGCGCUGCGACGCCGCGCGCAGGGCAAGGGGCGGGGCAGGGGGCGGGGCAGGGCCCCGAGGCGGCAUCGCCCGCCGACGCGACUCGCGACGCUGCGGACUCGAGCUAG